AUGCAUUCCUCGCGUGUUAGGUACUCAUUGGUCAAACAUAGGAACGUGUUGCAAGUGUACAAAGUUGCAAGAAGAUGUUUCGGCACAGAUGUUCAGUACAAACCUAUCAGGAGCGUCCUGGUUGCCAAUCGAGGAGAAAUUGCCAUUCGUGUAUUUCGAGCAUGUACCGAACUAGGAAUCCGUUCGGUGGCCAUUUAUUCCGAACAGGACAAGAUGCAGAUGCACAGGCAAAAAGCGGACGAGGGUUACGUGGUUGGCAGAGGGCUUCCUCCUGUCCAGGCUUAUUUAAGUAUUCCGGAAAUCAUCAGAGUCGCGAAGGAGAACGAUGUGGACGCCAUUCACCCUGGUUAUGGCUUCCUCUCCGAGCGAUCGGAUUUCGCGGAGGCAGUGAUCAAUGCUGGAAUAAGAUUCAUCGGUCCCAGUCCGAAAGUUGUCCAACAAAUGGGUGACAAGGUAGCUGCGAGGCAAGCUGCGAUAGACGCUGGAGUGCCAAUUGUUCCAGGAACAGAUGGACCAGUCACCACGUCUGACGAAGCGAUGGAAUUCUGCAUGAAACAUGGACUUCCGGUGAUAUUCAAAGCUGCCUACGGUGGAGGUGGAAGAGGGAUGAGAGUCGUGAGACAAAUGGAAGAAGUUCGAGAGAUGUUCGAUCGUGCUUCCUCGGAAGCGAAAGCCGCUUUCGGGAAUGGAGCGAUGUUCAUUGAGAAAUUCAUCGAGAGGCCAAGGCACAUCGAGGUGCAACUAUUGGGAGACAAGGCUGGCAAUGUCGUUCAUCUUUACGAACGUGAUUGUUCCGUCCAACGUCGUCAUCAAAAGGUCGUCGAGAUUGCUCCUGCGCCAAGCUUAGAUCCUAAGAUCAGGAACAAAAUGACAGAACAUGCUGUUAGAUUGGCGAAGCAUGUUGGUUACUCGAAUGCUGGCACCGUGGAAUUUUUGGCCGAUGAAUCCGGAAAUUUCUACUUUAUCGAAGUCAACGCUAGGCUACAAGUCGAGCACACUGUUACGGAGGAGAUCACUGGACCAACGCAAGAUUAUGUUCUUUUUAGAAUCGAUUUGGUGCAAUCUCAAAUCCGUAUUGCUGAGGGUAUUACGUUACCUGAGCUGGGUAUGACUCAGGAGAAGAUUAUUCCCCAGGGUUUCGCCAUACAAUGCCGUGUGACAACGGAAGAUCCUGCGAAGAGCUUCCAACCGGAUACUGGAAGAAUCGAAGUGUUCCGUUCUGGAGAAGGUAUGGGUAUUCGAUUGGAUGGUGCAUCCGCAUUCGCUGGAGCCAUUAUCUCACCUUACUACGAUUCGCUUCUCGUCAAGGUUAUAGCUCACGCAGGCGACUUGCAAUCAUCUUGUGCGAAAAUGAACCGUGCUCUUCGCGAGUUCCGAGUCCGCGGAGUGAAAACCAACAUCCCAUUCCUCUUGAACGUGCUAGAAAAUCAAAAGUUCCUCAAUGGAAACGUCGACACGUACUUCAUCGACGAGAAUCCGCAGUUAUUCCAAUUUCACCCGAGUCAGAACCGUGCCCAGAAGCUGUUAAAUUAUAUUGGUUCGGUUCUGGUGAACGGGCCAAGUACUCCGUUGGCCACAUCGUUGAAACCAGCUGACAUAAAGCCUUACAUUCCUCAAGUUGCUUUAGGUAUGGUAUCCAAGCUUCGAUUGGGAACAAAUGUAAUGGAACCACCGAAAGGCUUUCGUCACAUUUACAAGGAGCAAGGUCCAGAAGCGUUCGCCAAGGCUGUCAGACAGCACAAAGGAUUACUUCUGAUGGACACCACGUUCCGAGAUGCACAUCAAUCUCUCCUAGCGACUCGUGUUAGAUCGCACGAUCUCCUAACCAUCUCGCCGUUCGUCGCCCACAAAUUCAGCAAUCUUUAUUCCCUAGAAAACUGGGGCGGUGCCACGUUCGACGUUGCUCUCAGGUUUUUGCACGAGUGUCCUUGGGAACGAUUGGAGGACAUGAGGAAGGCGAUACCAAAUAUUCCUUUCCAGAUGCUUCUCAGAGGUGCCAACGCUGUUGGCUAUACCAAUUACCCUGACAAUGUCGUUUACAAAUUCUGCGAACUGGCUGUGCAGACUGGUAUGGACGUGUUCAGAGUGUUCGAUUCGUUGAACUAUCUGCCGAAUCUGAUACUUGGCAUGGAGGCAGCUGGUGAAGCAGGAGGCAUCGUCGAGGCAGCGAUUUCAUACACGGGAGAUGUGAGCGAUCCAAAGAAGAAGAAAUACGAUCUGAAAUAUUACACGAAUUUGGCGGACGAGUUGGUGAAGGCUGGUACCCACGUGUUGGCGAUCAAGGAUAUGGCAGGUCUUUUGAAACCGAGAGCCGUUCACAUGUUGAUCGACGCGAUCAGGCAGAAGCACCCUGACGUUCCUAUUCAUGUUCAUACCCACGAUACCGCGGGUGCUGGAGUAGCAUCGAUGCUAGCUUGUGCAGAAAGCGGAGUGGACGUCGUUGACGUUGCUGUCGACAGUAUGUCUGGAAUGACGAGUCAACCAUCCAUGGGUGCUGUGGUCGCCUCUCUUAUUGGGAAGCGAAUUUGUUGCUCGGCGAUAUCAUUAAAGUUACGCCCAGCUCGAAAGUAGUUGGUGAUUUGGCACAGUUUAUGGUUCAAAAUAAACUUUCGUCUGACGAUGUGCUGAAGAGAGCUGAAGAACUCUCUUUCCCUAAAUCAGUCGUAGAAUUUCUGCAAGGUGCUAUCGGCGAACCUCACGGAGGAUUCCCUGAACCUCUUAGGCACGUUAAAUUAUUGUAUUUAAUAUGUGAUCUACUUCACAGAUGUACCAGAAAUAAUUUAUUAUUUUUUUGUAUGUCUAAAGUAUUGAAAGACAUGCCACGCGUAGAAGGAAGGCCAGGUGCAAGCCUGUUACCAUUGGACUUCGACGCUUUGAAAUCUCAAUUACAAGAAUCUCACCCCCACGUAUCGUAUAGAGACGUUAUGUCAGCCGCCCUUUAUCCUAAAGUUACGGACGAUUAUUUGAACUUCCGAGAGAAGUUUGGCCCAGUAGACAAACUAGAGACGAGAAUAUUCUUGACAGGACCAAAAGUCGGAGAAGAGUUCGAUGUGACGAUCGAGAAAGGUAAAACCUUGGCUAUCAAGACUCUGGCAGUCGCUGAGGAUCUUACGAAAAAUGGGGAGCGUGAGGUGUUCUUUGAAAUGAAUGGCCAACUCAGAUCUGUAUUCAUCAAGGAUAAAGAGGCUAUUAAGGUAAAUUUAAUCUUUGCAUAUUAGAAGCCAUAACAAUAUAAUUUGUAAUAAAUUACAUUUAUUUUAUUUUGGAAUAUUUUUAAUUUGAUUUAAUUUUUUUAUUUAAGAAAAAAAUCUCCGCUAGAAAGAAAGUAAAACAAAAUGUUAAAACUUUUAGUAAUUUAAUAUAAAUUAUUACAGCCAUCUGUAACCCAUUGAUACUUAUUUUAAAAUAUAAGUUACAGUCGGGAACAUCUACGUACAUUUACUUUUCAAAUAUUUAA